AUGGAGAGUCAGGCAGGAGUGGAGCAGCAAAGCUAUGAUGAUGUUCGGAAAAGCGGUUAUCUCCGCAAACAGAAAUCUACACACCGGCGGUUCUUCGUUCUUCGGGCCGCUUCAGAGAGGGGCCCUGCCCGACUUGAAUAUUACGAGAACGAAAAGAAAUUCCGAAGCAAGUCGCCUGUGCCCAAAAAAGCAGUUAACCUGGAGUCUUGCUUCAACAUCAACAAGCGGGCAGAUUCGAAAAACAAGUACAUGGUUGUGUUAUACACGCGUGGGGAGAGCUUUGCCAUUGCUGCGGAUACUGAGGAGAUCCAAAACGAAUGGUAUCAGGCCAUGAUGGACCUACAGAGUAGAAGUAGGACUCCUGAUGACUGUAGUAGUGGUGGGGAGGGUGGGUUGCCCUCCCCUGGUCCUGCCUUUAAAGAGGUCUGGCAGGUGAAGGUUUGGCCCAAAGGUCUUGGUCAGGCCAGAAACCUAGUGGGCAUCUACCGACUCUGUUUGACAGACAAGACAGUAAACUUCGUCAAGCUCAAUUCAGAUGUUGCAGCUGUUGUGCUACAAUUGAUGAAUGUGAGGCGCUGUGGACAUUCCGAAAACUUUUUUUUCAUUGAGGUGGGUCGCUCAGCCAUGACGGGGCCUGGAGAAUUCUGGAUGCAAGUGGAGGAUUCAGUGGUGGCUCAGAACAUGCAUGAGACUCUGCUGGAAGCCAUGAAGGCUCUGAGUGAGGAGUUCCGCCAGCGGACCAAGUCUCAGUCUGUGGGUGCCUCUGGUAGUGGAGGCACCACCUCCAACCCUAUCAGUGUGCCAUCUCGACGACACCACCCAAAUCUGCCACCAUCUCAGGUGGGUUUCUCUAGACGUGCUCGCACUGAGACUCCUGGAGCUGGAGGAUUCAACAGCACCAAUACAUCCCCCACAACCCGUCAAGGCUUCUCCAGAUCACGAACAGCUAGCAUUGGGGCUAGGACAGAAGAUGGAGGGAGUGGGGCACUGCGAGGCACAGCACUCAGCACCAGUCCAAGCUUCAAUGGCUCUUCUUGCUCCAACACCCCCACUCUACGGCCUAAACCCACGCGAGCUCCCACCCCAGCCAAGAUCACCCUCAGCCUGGCCCGGUACACCCCUAACCCCACUCCCUCUCCUGCCCCAAGCCUAUCCUCCAGUUCUGGCCAUGGGUCUGAGUGUGGCUUAGGUGGUGCUGUAGUUGGAGCAAUGCCAAUCUGCACCUACACCCGUGUCCCACAGAGGGUCUCUGUUUCUGGCUCGCCAAGUGAUUAUGGCUCCUCAGAUGAAUGUGGCUCCAGCCCUGGGGAGCAUUCUUUCUUGACAGCUGGUCUUACAGCUGCAGUUGGGGAGAGCACCCCCAGAUAUGCCCUCAUGGGACAGAGGGACGGAUCUCACCAUCAUAAGUAUGGACGCAGGGUGCUCCGGCGCUCCUCCAGCCGAGAGAGUGAGGUUGAGCGCAGGUUGCUCAGCAAACGUGCCUCACUGCCUCCUUCAUCUGCACAAGAACGUACUCCCUUGCAUCGCAGAGAUGGAGAGGAGGAAGAUAAAGAAUAUGCUGUGAUGUCCCGCAACGCUUGCAAGGAUUCUCUUACCUCAGGGGGCUCUGCAGUGACAUCAGUGGGGCAGGUGGGCGUUACAGUUGAGAGGAAUGAUAGUAUUAGGGGAGAUGCUGCAAGAGAUAGUGGGUACAUGUCCAUGUUACCUGGAGUUACUGUUCCACCCACCUCACUGGCACUGCCAGUUGCAGUUUCAAAUGCGGUUUCAACAGGGGGGGAUGAGUACAUGGCCAUGACUCCCAACAACAGCGUAUCACCACCACAGCACAUCCGCCUUCCUGCCAUUGAUGGAUACAUGAUGAUGUCACCCAACAGCAGUUGUUCCCCAGAUCUCCAUGCAAUGGGCGGGUGCAUGUGGGGAAGCAGGGGCAGCAUGGAGAGUCGGACCAGCAGUGACUACAUGAACAUGUCUCCUGUCAGUGCCCGCUCUGCCUGUAGCACACCUCCAUCACACCCUGAACAGCACCCACUACAGCCUAAAAUGAUGUACUCCUAUUUCUCCUUACCACGCUCCUACAAACACACUGCUCUUGCCACCCGCUUUGAGGAUGACCUGGGCCAAGGGAAGAGAACAGAAGGUGGAUGUGUAGAGGGAAAUGAGGGUGGUGAUGGAAGCCGGACUGGGCAUGAAGGUUACCCUAGUAUGGGGGAGGGUGAAAGCUGCCAACUCUCUCUUUCCUCCUCUUCUUUCUCAUCUAGCUCAACCAGUAGUGAGAGUCUAGAGGACAGACCAUUGUCUCUUCCAGCGGGGGGAGGAAGUAGGACUGCCAGAUUGAGCAAGGGACACAGGGCAGGGUCUAUGCACCCCAAAGACUUGGGCCAUGCCCUUCACCAGCAGAGAUGUAGCCCAGUAGCCCAGACACAGGGUCAAGUGCAGCAGAGGAAGGGCAGACCCUCCAGCCUAUACGUGGACAUGUCUAAAGCCAACACUCUGCCGAGGGUGAGGGAGACCCUGAUGGCCUCGGCAUCUCAGAGCCCUGGGGAGUAUGUUAGCAUAGUUUACCAUGGCAGUUGCAGUGGGCAGAUUGGAGAGGGGAAGGAGAUAGAGCGUGGGCACUCUGUAGUACAUGGACAUCCAAGGCCCUUACACCGACCUCCACCAUGCCUGAGUGGCACUGCCAAUCUGCCCCGGAGUUUCUCAACUCCACUUUCCACAUCUAUCUCCACUUCCUCAGAAUAUGUUAAUAUGGAUUUGGGUAAUUCCCCCUCCCCUCUCUCCCUCACCCCUCCUACAUCUUCCCCAUCCACCCUCACCCCAACCCCAGCCAUAGCAUCCAAAACUAGGGAAGAGCUAACCCAGGCUCCUCAGUUGGCACAAGAUGCUGACAUUGGACACAGGAAGAGUGGCACGACAACCCUGUCAUCUGGAGAGAUGCCUGUAGGUACGUUCACAGAGUACACAGAGAUGGUGUUUGGUUUGGGUGCUAAUGCCCCUUCCUUGUGCCCCGAUCCCAGCCAGACCCCAGAGUACUCUGCCCAAUCCUGCCCCAUAGACCAGGAGAAGGUUCUGGACUUAUCCUCCAGCUCAGCAUUCCCAGACUUGGAUCAGGGUAUCCGGCUCGUCCGUGCAGAGCUGCUAGGGAGACGACGGCAUCGCUCGGACACUUUCAUGACUCCUCCUUCACGCGCUCCUUCUUCCUCAUCUUCCCUUUUCCCUGAAAACACCCAAGGUGCUCUGUCUCGGCUGCAUGCACAGGAGGGUCCCCUUUGGGGCAAUGGGCAAGCACUUGACUCUCAGUGUGUCAAUCCUGGUAUGUCACCUAUGCCUUCUAACCAGGCUUCAUCCUCAUCUUUGGAACAAGGCCUCAACUACAUUGACCUUGACUUAGCCAGUAAGGAGAGUCCUCAGAGUGGUCUGGAUGGACCAACAGCCUCUCAUCCGCUCUUCUCUUCUGUCUUGGGAGGAGCGUUGGUUGGUGGUUUGGGUGGAGCAGGGCUAGGGAAUCCUAGCUCCUACGCUAGUAUUGACUUCUUCAAGUCAGAGGAGCUAAGAGUCCACCAGAGCAGCAGGAAAGAUGUUAAAGGUAGGACCUUCCUGAGACUUCACUGUAAUAUUUCUCGCACAUGCACACCUGCUUUAUGA